GGUGGGCGCUGGAUCCCGGACGGGGGAGGAGGGCGGGCGAGCGCGCGUGUGUGUCUCUCUCGAGUCAUUUACGGCGGAGCAGCCGGCGUGAGCGCCGAGGAGGCGGCGGCGGCUCCGUGCAACCGUGGCUCCCCCCGCCGCCUCUUCCCUUUUGCUCCCGAUUCUUCUCCCCACAUACACGUCCAUGGGGAGCCGGCCCCCCUGCCGGCACCUCCUCUCCGCUCGGCCCCGUAGGCGCCAGCUGCCGCCUCCCUGGCCGCGGGCUGCGCGGGUGCCGGGCGCCCUGGCCCCUGGCGCAGCGCCCGCGUCUCGCCGCCCGCAGCCCGGACUGGCGCGGCGAUCCGCUCGCCUAAACUGACUCGAAGAGAGCGGGAGCCGAUGCCCGGCCGCAGCGCGACAGCGGGCGAGUGGGCGUCCGGGGGCGGGGCGGGGGCGGCGGGGAGACCGAGGCAUCGGAGACUCUGAACCCCGGAAAAGUUCAAGGUUUGUGCUGCCCCCCUCCCCCUCCAGAGAAGGCGAGGAGCGCGGCGGGGCAGCGCGCCCCUCUGCUCGGACAGCGGGACCUGAGAGGGAGAGGGGUGGCCUGGAGCGGCCGCGGGCUGGCCGAGCGCCUUCCCGGCCGUAGAGCGUGGAUGGGCCGGAGGCUGCAGUCGACGCCGUGGGCAAGGCGCAGUAGCCGGCAUUCCCGCCGCCUUGCUCCUCCAAGCCCCGUCUCCACGGGGCGGCCCGUUCCGGCCGCGCCACCCUCGCCCCAGCCGCCGAGCCGCUGCCAGAGCAGGCGGCGUUAAGCCAGCCUGCGUCGAGCCCGAGCCGCGGUCGAGACUGGAGAGAGCGCCCCGGAGCCCAGGAGCGAGCUCGGCGAGGGGACAAACAUCUGGCUGCCCACCUCGGGCAUUCUGCCUGGGCGUCGCCUCUGGUGGUGGCGACCCGCGGCGCCGGUCUCAGCGCCGCGCGGAAACUUUUCCUUCUCCGGGUGGAUUAAAGUUACCAGGAUUUCCUAUUUAUAUGCGAAAAAGAAACCCGUCAUUUGCACCUGACCUGGGAUUUUUGUGCUGAGGCUGCUGCAGGGCGCCUGGAGGAAGCAAGCCGCGCUGUCCAUGUGGGGCUUCUACCGAGACAGAGGGAACUGGGGCUUGCGCUGGAGAUCCGCACCCCUGUGCGACUUCGGAUUCGAGCUGGGCCGCGGGGCCCAGGCAUUCGGUGCUCGGCGCUAGGCAGCCCCGGGGCCCGGGGCCCGCACGUGCGGCUACCCCCUCUCUCCGUGGAUCCUGCAGGGGGCACCAGCCCGGGGAGGUGGAGGCUCCUCCCGCCCGGCGCUGCGCCCCCACCAGUUCCGAGGGUGUAGCCGGCGGCGCCUGGGACGCCCCCUCCCCGCAGAGUGUCCCCGAAUUGCACUCGCCUGGCCUGGCCCCCGAAGCCUCAGCAGAGCCCACGGGGCGCCACGGCCACCCUGAGUUGGAUGUGACCGAGCCUAGCCUGGGGCCAGGACCCUGUCGCCUGUUGCCCCCCCUAGACCCCUCCAGCCCUAGCCUCGGCCAUGGCCCCGGGGAUGUCGGGCCGCGGCGGCGCCGCCCUGCUCUGCCUCUCCGCCCUGCUCGCCCACGCCUCGGGUCGCUCGCACCCGGCCAGCCCCAGCCCGCCCGGGCCGCAGGCCAGCCCGGUGCUGCCGGUGAGCUACCGCCUGUCGCACACGCGGCUGGCCUUCUUCCUGCGGGAGGCGCGGCCGCCGCCGCCGCCGCCCGCGGCCAACGGCUCCCUGCAGCGCUCCGAGCCCUUCGUGGUGUUCCAGACCAAGGAGCUGCCGGUGCUCAACGUGUCGCUGGGGCCCUUCAGCACGAGCCAGGUGGUGUCGCGGGAGCUCCUGCAGCCGUCCAGCACGUUGGACAUCCCUGAGCGCCUGACGGUCAACUGGAAGGUGCGGGCCUUCAUCGUGCGCGCCCGGGUGCCCGCCUCGCAGCCCGUGGCGCAGGUACUCUUCUACGUGGCCGGCCGCGACUGGGACGAUUUCGGCGUGGCCGAACGCCUGCCCUGCGUCCGCCUGCACGCCUUUCGCGACGCCCGCGAGGUCAAGAGCUCCUGCCGCCUCGGCGGGGGCCUGGCCACGUGCCUCGUGCGGGCCGAGCUGCCGCUGGCGUGGUUCGGGCCCCCAGCGCCCGCCUCGCCGCCCUCUGCGCGCCGCAAGGCUGCGGACGGGCUGGAGGCCGAGGCGGCCGCGGAAAGUCAGCAGGCGGAGCUCUACUACACCCUGCACGCCCCCGACGCCACGGGGGGCUGCGGGGGCGCCCGCCGAGGGCCGGGGGCCGGAGCAGGGGUGCGCGCCGAGAGCCCCACGCAGCACCCGCUGCUACGCAUCGGGAGCAUCAGCCUGUUCCGCCCGCCGCCCCGGAGGGCCCUGCAGGAGCACAGGCUGGACAGCAACCUGAUGAUCCGCCUGCCCGACCGGCCCCUGAAGCCGGGCGAGGUGCUCAGCAUCCUGCUCUACCUGGCUCCCAACGCCUCCUCGGCCCCCAGCCCCAGCGUGGAGCACUUCACACUCAGGGUAAAGGCCAAGAAGGGUGUGACCCUUCUAGGUACCAAGUCCCGGAGUGGCCAGUGGCACGUGACGUCAGAGCUGCUGACUGGGGCAAAGCACUCAACAGCCACGGUGGAUGUGGCCUGGGCUCAGGGCACGCCCCCGCCCCCCUGGGAGGGCCAGGGACCCCUGGAGAUCCUGCAGCUGGACUUUGAGAUGGAGAACUUCACCAGCCAGUCGGUGAAGCGUAGGAUCAUGUGGCACAUCGACUACCGCGGCCACAGCGCCCUGCCCGAGCUGGAGCGGGCAGUCACCGAGCUCACGGUCAUCCAGCGGGACGUGCAGGCCAUCCUGCCCCUGGCCAUGGACACAGAGAUCAUCAACACGGCCAUCCUGACCGGCCGCACCGUGGCCAUCCCUGUCAAGGUCAUCGCCAUUGAAGUGACGGGCCUCGUGCUAGAUGUCUCUGGCCUGGUGGAAUGCGAGUCUGACAAUGAGGAUAUCAUCAAGGUGUCCAGCAGCUGCGACUACGUGUUUGUGAGUGGCAAGGAGUCCCGGGGGUCCAUGAACGCCAGGGUCACCUUCCGCUACGACGUGCUGCACGCCCCCUUGGAAAUGACCGUCUGGGUCCCCAAGCUGCCCCUGCACAUCGAGCUCUCAGAUGCCCGCCUCAGCCAAGUGAAGGGCUGGAGGGUGCCCAUCCUCCCUGACCGCAGGUCAGCCCGGGAGAGUGAGGAUGAGGACGAGGAGGAGGAGGAGCGGCGGCAGAGCGCGAGCCGCGGCUGCACCCUGCAGUACCAGCAUGCCACCCUGCAGGUCUUCACCCAGUUCCACACCACGUCAGCCGAGGGCACCGACCAGGUGGUCAGCAUGUUGGGCCCAGACUGGCUGGUGGAGGUCACUGACCUGGUCAGUGACUUCAUGCGCGUAGGUGACCCCCGAGUGGCACACAUGGUGGACAGCAGCACGCUGGCAGGCCUGGAGCCGGGCACCACCCCCUUCAAGGUGGUGUCCCCGCUGACAGAGGCCGUGCUGGGGGAGACGCUGCUGACGGUGACAGAGGAGAAGGUCAGCAUCACACAGCUGCAGGCCCAGGUGGUGGCCAGCCUGGCCCUGUCCCUGCGGCCCAGCCCCGGGAGCAGCCACACCAUCCUGGCCACCACGGCCGCCCAGCAGACCCUCAGCUUCCUCAAACAGGAAGCCCUCCUGAGCCUCUGGCUCUCCUACAGUGACGGCACCACAGCCCCACUCUCCCUCUACAGCCCCCGGGACUACGGGCUGCUGGUGAGCAGCCUGGACGAGCGCGUGGCCACCGUGACGCAGGACCGCGCCUUCCCGCUGGUGGUGGCCGAGGCAGAGGGGGCCGGGGAGCUGCUGCGGGUAGAGCUGAGCAUCGCCGAGAGCUGCCAGAAAACCAAGCGCAAGAGCGUGCUGGCCACGACCCCCGUGGGCCUGCGGGUGCACUUUGGGCGGGACGAGGAGGACCCCACUUACGACUACCCGGGCCCCAGCCAGCCGGGGCCGGGUGGGGGCGAGGAUGAGGCCCGGGGUGCCGGCCCACCAGGCACCGCGCUCCCCGGCCCCGAGGCCCCGGGCCUGGGCCCCAGCAGCCCCGCAGCGCCGCCCACCGAGGACUUCCUGCCGCUGCCCACCGGCUUCCUGCAGAUGCCGCGGGGGCUGACCGACCUGGAGAUCGGCAUGUACGCGCUGCUGGGCGUCUUCUGCCUUGCCAUCCUCGUCUUCCUCAUCAACUGCAUCGUCUUCGUGCUGCGUUACCGCCACAAGCGUAUCCCGCCCGAGGGCCAGACCAGCAUGGACCACUCGCACCACUGGGUGUUUCUGGGCAACGGGCAGCCGCUGCGCGUGCAGGGGGAGCUCUCGCCGCCCGCUGGCAACCCGCUGGAGACCGUGCCCGCCUGCUGCCACGGCGACCACCACAGCAGCGGCAGCUCGCAGACCAGCGUCCAGAGCCAGGUGCACGGCCGCGGGGAUGGCUCCUCGGGCGGCUCGGCCCGGGACCAGGCCGAGGACCCCGCCAGCUCACCCACCUCCAAGCGCAAGCGGGUCAAGUUCACCACCUUCACCACGCUGCCCUCCGAGGAGCUGGCCUAUGACUCAGUGCCCGCCGGCGAAGAGGACGAGGAGGAUGAAGAGGACCUGGGUUGGGGCUGCCCGGAUGUGGCGGGCACCACGAGGCCCACUGCAACCCCAGACCUGCACAAUUACAUGCGCAGAAUCAAAGAAAUUGCAUAGGCGCCGUGGGGACCCCAGCUCACCCUGGGGCAGGCAGCUGGAUGGAUUUUAUACUCCCUGCUCCUGCAGCUUUGCCGGGCCCUGCCCGCCUCCCACUGUUACCCUCUUCUGCCCCCUGCAGGUGGAGGCCCCUUCCUCCCCUGGCUUGCAGGGAGGAGAGCGACCCCCAGCCCUUGUUCACCCUUCCCAGACUGCCUCCAUCCUAGGCAAACCCCUGCCCCAAGAGGGAGGCCGGGAGGCCAUGCUUGGGGCGAGGUGGACACACACUGUGCCCCAGCCCCCGCCUCCAUCUCCCCCGUCCUACCCCUGUGCAGGGGGCUCUGGCGAGUCCUGUGUCACACACGCUGCACAAAGACUUUUCUCAAACCACUAUUCAGGGAUUUCUGUCCUGCAGGGUGGGAGGUAGCGGCUGCCUGCCCUGCCAAGGAUCUUGCUGUGGACAGGACGUUCUGGGGGGUGGGGUACAGUUGUAGCAUCUGCCGGCUCCUGGGUGCCUCCCAGGGCCUGGGAGCUGACCGAGCCGGGCACCUCCCUGAGUGGGCUGCCUGCUCCAAGGGCUGUGGGCAGGGACCUAAUGGGAAGGACUCCUGGGUACUUCUCCAGCCACACCACACCCCAGAGCGCCACGGUCUGCACGGGCCCAGGGGGACCCCGGGGCCUGCUGUGUCCCCCACAGCAGGGUCAACCCUACUGCGCCUUAGCCACCCCCGCUCUGCUGAGCCCCUUCCCUCACAGAACAGAGUCUGGGCCGGGGAAGAAGAGGGCGCCGGGGAACGCCACGAGGGACCUCGGGGUGGGCACAGGCCCAGGGGAGCUGGCAACUCCCCUUCCUCACCCCACAGCCUCUUUUCCUUCGGGCUCUACCCACCACUGUGUCGGAUUUUUCUUAAAUAAAUGGAGGCCGUCAGACUUGGGGGUGGGGGCGGCAGCUCCCAGCGAACAGAGA